AUGAAUGUUAUGCAAAGAAGAUUCACAGAGUCGGACAUACUUGAGGCUAAAAAUAUGGAUUCAGAUUUACUUUUACAUUGUGAAUUAUCAAAACCAUAUAUCACACAUGAGGAUGUUCGAAUUUACCCUGGAACUUUAGUGAUGGCGAAUGCUUUUGAUAUGAAACAAUUCGACGAAACUUUUGUUGUUAAAAAUUAUGGCAAAUACACGGCCAAUGUUAGGAUAUUUGCUCCUAAAUCUACUAAUUUUGUAAUACAAGCCAUAACAGGUAAAGGUGUUAACUUAGCCCCAGGCAUGGAAAUAGUUCGAACUGUAAAACAUUUGUACAGAUCCCAAACAUCACUAUCUCACGUAUCAUUCCGUAUUCAAAUUAAUGGGUUCAUUAUUAACUACCAAGUAAUAAUUACUAUUCCACAAGCUAUUGUUGACGUUUGCACGACAAAACUAGAGUUGGGUACCAUUGAUGUAGGAAAAACAUCAAAACAAACUAUUACGUUAACCAACACAGGUCAUCAGCAAGGUACUUUUUGUGUGGACGCUUUAAUGAAAAGCGAUAUAUACAUUAAUGUCACCCCCAAAAAAGGCUUUAUUGAGGCAAUGAAAAACGUACGUUUAGAUGUUGAAAUCACUGGAAACAAAGCAGGAUAUUACAGAAGAGAAUUCUGGAUAAAAACAGAACCCAAACCGUUGAGAAUACGUUUUACUGUAGAAAUUAUUAUACCAGAAUUAUUGCCCGUACAUCCCAUCACCAACUAUGAGAUAACUAUUAUAGAAUUUCCCAAAUGUUAUAUCGGGAGCAGUUAUUUAAAAACACUGGUGAUAAAAAACCAAAGUUCCUUGCCUUCAAUGUUUUGUGGCUUGGCUGAGUUAGAACAUGAUUUAAUGGAUAUUCAAGAUGCCUAUAAGAUUGAUCAAAACUACAAGUUUUUUAGUAUUAUGUCUCAAAGUGGUAGACUUCCACCAAAUGGUUCAAGCAUCAUUCAAAUAAAAUUUACACCUUUGAAAACUAAGACAGUGAUCGAGGUAUCUGAACCAUCUAAAUAUCUUCCUAUAUAUCUUACUAAAACAUUCUCCAUAGCUCUCUUUUACCAAGAAACUGAACACCCCGUGGUAAAGGAAUUUUUGAUGGAUGAACAAUUGGAAACUCAGAUGUCCGAUGUCAAAUCGGAUGAACCAGUUGCAAAAAAAUUUAUUAGAGUUUGUUUGUAUGGCGAAAUUGAGGUCGCCAAAAUGAAAAUAAGACCUGAAUCAAUAAACUUAAGAGGGAACAUUGGAGAAACGUACAACCAUGAGUUGCAUUUGAAAAACGAGUCUUUAUAUCUUCCAAUAUAUUACUCCUAUGAAAAAGCUCCCUACAUGGAAGCAUAUCCAAAAAGUGGGCGAAUAAAAGCAGGUGAAGCUAUUGAAAUUACUCUGAAAAUGCGGCCCUAUGAAAUCGGCGUACAUAAUAUUAAAGUUGUCUUUAAGCUAAUGUACCCCAACGAAUUAAAUCCAAAAAAUAUGGAUACAGUAGGAGAAUCAUCGUUGGAAGUAAACAUGACGGGAAUAUAUGUACAUAAAGAAACAGUUAACAAGUACGUAACAGGUAUUACGCCUUUUGUAGCCAACGAGGUGGGGUAUAUAAAUAAAAAUAUAACUUUUGCUACAAAAAACGAAUGUCCACCACUGUCGACAGUGACAAAAAGUAUUCCCAAGGGGGCUGAUGAGUCCGAUUUAGUGGCCCUUCCAAAUGAUACGCAGCAAAGUGUCAAACCUUGGAGGAAUACAACAAGAUGCGCUACGUUGUUCUCAAAUUUACCCAGACAUAUUACUCCUGACGAUCAGUACAACUUAACAGAACACGAAAAAGAUUUAAGGGAUAAAAACAACACUUAUUACGUUGAUUUUAUACGAUCUUGCAGAAGAAUAAUGGCUCCUAAGGUGGAAUUCGUGGAUUAUGACCUGACAAAUAAGAAGCAUCUGCUGUUGAAACACAUGAAGUGCUUACAGCAGUGCUCUGAGCGGCCUCUGGUGAAAAAAAUGUCGGCGUUUAUACCACUUACAUCGGAAAAAUUGAAUAAUAUCAAGAUUAUUCCGCAAGUCAUUGAACUUGGAAAGAUUCCUGCACUAUCGUCUACAAGUGAUAUUUUUCGGAUAGAAAACAAGAACGAUUUCGAUAUAUUUUUACUGAUAAAACCCUGCAAAGCUUGCAUUACAGUAACAGAAAAUUACUUGAUAAUCAAGGCAAAUUCAAAUCAAAUUAUUAGAUUUAGAUUAACUGGAAACGAUAUUGGUCACUUCACAGGAACUAUAGCUAUACUAGUAAACUCUUGUCAUAUCUUUGAGUUUCUCAUAACUGCACAAAUUAUUUCUCCUGGUUUAUCAUGCGACGAACAUGAUAUAACUAUGUCCCCCGAAAAAAAUAUAUAUUUUAUUAAAGUAAAAAAUCCCGUGGACGUUUUUGUUGAGUUUAACUGGAACCUAUCCGAAACAACUACGUUUAAUAUCUACCCAAAACAAGGCAUGUUUCCGCCCAAGAGAGAUAUGUUAUUCGUCCUGAGAUACAAGCCUAAAGUCGAGCAGGGAAACAACGUCGAAGUAAUCUUGGUGGCUCAAAACGAGGAGAAAAAUAUUUUUGUAAAACAUCAGGAAAAAAAAGUUGAAUACCAGUUCAGCAAAAAUCACGUCGAUUUUGGUAAAAUGCCUUUAAACGUCCUAAUUGUUAAAGAACUCUUCCUGAAAAAUAACAACGAUAACUCUAUGUCGUUUGUUGUUGAAAACCCAAAACAAAUCCACGGCGUCCAAAUCAAACCUUCGAAGGGCAUUAUAAAAGCAAACUCCAUGAGAUUGUUUCACAUAAAUGCCAAGUUCAGGGAGGUAUUCGAUUUCGUGACAAACUUCAAUUUUAUUUUCGAUCAAGGCGUUACACAUUCAGUUAAAGUAACCGGUAGCGUGAUAUAUCCCAACAUUAAAAUAAACCCUGAUAAAAUACACAUUCCAAAAAUCGUCCCGGAAGCUAUGAUACGAUAUGAAUUUAGCCUCAAGAAUAAGUCCGUCACUAACGCUACAGUAAAGUUUCUUAUGGAUGCUAUCAGCGAGUUUAACGUAAAGGAUAGCAUAGGGAAUAAAAUAAAAUUGGUUAGUUUGAUGCCUGGUGAAACCACCUAUUUGUUUUUGGAGUUUGCUCCCAAAGAAGCAGUGGCAUAUGGAGUUUACUUACCUCUACUAAUAAAUUACAUUUUCGGACCAUCAGAGAGUGGUGUGAGGGAAACCUUUCUUCCAAAAACCUUCCUCUGCCAUAGAGAACAUAUAGAAGGUAUAACCCCUGCUAAAAUACCAUCAAAACUACCCACCUUAAAUAUAUCUUGUGCGGCAGGAAGCCAUUUGGUGACAUUCUCGAGCUUAAAAUUUGAAUUUUCACAAAACGUCGACUGUAGUCCGCAAGAGUUCAUAAUAAAAAAUGUUUCAGACCAAAAGAUUCGUUUGAUUAUAAACCAGGAGUCUUUGGAUGAGCCUUUUAGUAUGUUGUACGUUAAUGGGCCUAUACCUAGGGAUUAUGAUAAUACACAGCUACUAAGGUUACGACCUGGGGAAGAAGCUAUAUAUUCAAUAGCCUUUAAAACAGAUGCUUAUGGCGUGUAUACUAUAGAACUACCCAUAUAUAUUAAGGAAUACUAUAAUAAUUGUGUUUUUAACUAUCUACAGUUAUAUGGAGAAUAUUUACAGCCAACUAUAACACCAUCAAAUCCAAUAAUUUACUUUGAUGUUAUAAUACCGAAAAUAAUUACGGAAGAAAAUGUUAGUUUAAAACUAAACAUGCAUUUGGCUUGGUGUGAAAUGGAUGUACAAUGUAACAUACCGGAAAUAACAGUUAAUAUUUGCGAUGAGGAUGAAAAUGAUCCACAGGAAAAAAACGUAACCAUUUCAUUUCACCCCAAUACCGUCCUUGUAAUAAACGAUUCCAUAACUUUUUCUUGUACGUGUGGCAGCGAAUGUAAACUUGUUAUAAGGGCUGUAUCGGCCAUUAGCGUAAUGACAGCAUACAAAAAUUACUUUAGAUUUACUGAAAACAACUCAAACAUAAACCUAGACUCGGCGUCUGAAGAUUUUGUCACCUUAACCUCGCAAUACCUUGGUGGUAAUGCCGACAACUUCCCGAACUUUCCUAUGUUGGAUACGAAAGAUAACAUAGGUUUAAAGGUAAUACAAACUUUGACUAUAGUCGAAAGCUGGUUGUACACUCAAGGAUUCUUCUGCAAGGAGUAUUUCAAGCUGCCUUACAACAUCUCCAUAUACAGCCCUUUUAGCGAGGAGGAUGAAGACAAAAAGAAGAAAAAGAAAAAAGACAACGUGCAAAAGAAAUUAUUACCUGUCCAAAAACUAUUGGUGAAUUUAACCGAUCAAAGUAUUUUGAAAUACGUUAGUUCGGAUGUUGAAGUUAAUGAGUCAGACCCAGAUAGUGAGGCAACGGCAUGUUAUAGCACGUACAAAAACCUGAUAAAAUUCCUGUUAUCAAACGCUAUGAUGACAACGCAUAUUCACCCUGAAUUGUUGUUGUCUUACCAACAAUAUGUUUUCUUCAAAGAAAAUAUUAACGACCCAGAUGCAGAUGAAGGAGAGGUUUUGGUGGAAGAAAAUUUUUACUCUUUGAGCACGCAAGCAUGGUUUGACUUGAUAAUGCAGAUAUUCAAAAUGUUUGCCCUAUCUAAAGUGAAGAGGAAAAUCGUUCAGAACGAGAUCAAUUUUUACCUGGAUGAACAGUAUUUUGAAUAUUACAAUAAACACAUACUCACCCUGGUAGAGUGUAAUAAUGAUGAAAAGGCUUUACUGUUGUGGAUGGAGUUUAUUUUUAAUACAAAUUGUGGAAAAUUGAGCCAAAAGUUAAAACAAAGAACAAUAAGAAAUUUCAUACACGAUUUAAAGGAUGGGAUUGUUUUAGCUGUCAUACUUAUGACGUAUUGUCCUUACAUGAAAUAUACCUUGGUGAAUAUCAUAAUAGAAGGUAAUAGCGAAGAAACUCGCAUAAACAAUGCUUGUGUCGUCGUACAAGUAUUUGAAGCUCUUAAACUGUCUAUUGACGUAGAUCCUCUAGCUAUUGUAUACCCUAAUCCUUGUGAGAUGGUCAUAAUAGCAUCAUAUUUGUACGAUGUUUUGCCAUAUUUCCACCCCAAUGAACAAAUAGAGAUAGAAGGUGUAGUGGGAGGUACUGGCUCUAAAGAAUUACUAAUACAAAACCCCGGUGAUGUUCCAAUAUGCUACAGAGGCAUUUUUAUACCAGAAUCAACUUUAUUUGAAGUUCAACCAGCGGAGUUGGUAAUACCUCCAAAAAAAACAAAAUCUAUAAACAUAAUUUUUAAAUCAACCAACGUUCUUAAAACAAAGUUAACUUUGAUUUUAUCCGGGGAAACCCCGAAAUAUAAGUACGCCAAAAGUAUGACUUACACUGUAAUAGGUAUUCCGACGUUUAAUACAGACAAAAUCAUUAAAAUUAAAGUCCCGAUCUAUACUCCAGUACACAAAAAGAUUUCUAUAACAUCACCAUACAAAGACUAUAUUUGUAAAUUAUUCGCCUGCCCUAAUAUGCCGCCUGAAAGUCUGGACGAUUUCGUCACGUGGAAAGAUUGGGACGCCCUUAAAAUACCAAGACAAGUUUCUAGCGAACACAGCGAGGUCAAAUUCAACUCGGAGGGCCAAUGUAAAAUAAUGUUGGACUUAUGUUUUAUUAUUCCUGGCAAACACGAUUUCUUCAUCUUCUUUUUACACGAAAUGGGCGAUUUUUGUUACAACAUAAAAAUUAAUGUUGUGAGUAAAUCUAUGAGUGAUCAGAUCCAUGUGGACAUGCCCAAUAGUUUUUUCAACAGCGAUUGUGUCUGUAAGGAUGGGAAUAUUAGGGAAAACUGUGCUAAAACUUUAAUGGUUAACAUACCUUAUAAAAAUAAGUUGCUUUGGAAUGGACUGAUGAUGUUAAUAAGAACUUCCAGGCCACAGGACGAAAGCUUUUGGAAAAAAUAUUUAGGUACUUGUAAACGAGGUGUGUUCAGAAAACAUCGGGAAUUUUCGUUUUUUGAAACAAAUAUUUAUUUAUUCGUCUACAUUAAUGUUGUCGCCUUCAAAAUAGUCCCCAUUGGAUAUUAUACACAUGUGCCAGCUCUUCUUCCAAUUCUCGAAACACUAGGAAUAGGAAAAAAUCAGACAGAGAUAUAUCUGGCGAAUAUGGAGGCUGGGGCAUCAUUACAGUAUUGUUUUUGGCCAAAAAUUUUGUUCAAAAUUUAA